AUGAGUGCUGCAGCUAUAGCUACAGCAAUUUGUAUAGUUGCUGCCUCAGCAACGUUUUUUGUUAUCUCGGUUGUCUACCUGACCCGCCUCACAGAUGUUUCAGCUAAGCAUGUCAGGUCGCGCCGCGGUAUUCAUCUUUUUAUUGUACUGGGGAGCGGUGGGCAUACUGAGGAAAUGCUAUCUAUGAUGAGACAUGCGCGAUUGAAUCCUGGGAUGUACUCGAGACGCACCUAUCUUGUAAGCACAGGAGAUUCAUUUAGUAUGAAAAAAGCCGCAGAACUUGAACGAGAGCUACUUCAGCUCAACCAGUUCUACAACCAAGCAGGAAAAGGAAAAGUUAAGAAACGCUCCGGCAACAACGUUAUGCGUGCCAAAUCUCCGAGUUCUCAAGGAGAAUAUACAAUUAUUACCAUUCCCCGCGCGAGGAAGGUACACCAGAGCCUUCUCACUGCUCCCUUUUCGACUCUACACUGCUUCUGGAUGUGCUUACUGGCGCUCCGCGGAAAACAUCCAGAUCAGAUACGUUCAACCGUUGCGCCAUCCCAAGCCUUGGGCUAUCCAGACUUAAUUUUAACAAACGGUCCGGGAAUGGCAGUCUGUGUUAUUGUAGCGGCGAGGAUAUUACGCUGUGUCAGCCGGGGGUUUAUCACGGAUGCGCCGCGCUCUGGAAAACGCGGCAGAUCGCGCCACGAUAAACAGAGACGAUAUCUUCGGACUAUAUUCAUUGAAUCCUGGGCACGUGUCAAAACGCUGAGCCUCUCCGGGAAGCUUGUCCUUCCCAUUGUGGAUCGGUUUCUUGUUCAGUGGAGCACCCUGGAAGGAUAUCAGAGCUGGAAUGGAAAGAAAGCUGAGUAUGUCGGGCAGAUACUAAGCUGA